UGGUGAUCAGGAGCCAACGUACGACUCUAAAACGUGCUUGCUGCUGUAAUAGGAGGCAACGAAACAAACCCUUUACGCCCCUCACGUCUAACCAUUGUGAUCAUGGCAUUCACCGUUCUGCGCCAUCAGAUCUUGAGCUCAUUCUGCGCUGUAUGCGAUUGCUUUGUUUGGGAAGCUUGUGUGCUUACAGCUGGAGAGACAAACACAGUGGACUGCAGAGCACAUCCGGAAGCAAACAUGAUGAUGUCUCACUUACAAUGAAACGACCAAUACCUCGACGUCUUACGACGGGUAGAGACCUGACCACCACCUACGUAGAACCACACGCGCACAACACAAACGUUAUGGCUACACCUAUUGCGACUUCAAGGAGAUGCCCGGAAUGCACUCUACAGAAGCCUAUCCAGCAAUGGAGCAUCCUGACCAACGGCAAGCUUGGUAAGCGGUGUAAUGACUGCUACCAGGGGUGGCGAGUGCAGAAUGGUUAUGCUGCAUCGGCUCCACCGCCUGCCCUAUCUUCGCCGCCGACGCCGCCCUUACCAGUACUGGAGCAAAGGCAGCCUACACCCGGUCAGGGUCCGCGAGCCGUACAAAGACAGCCACAGAACGCCAUCGUACUCUACGAUCACCAUCAGCAACAUCUCCAGCCUGGACCGCUAGUGCCGCACGGGCAAGUCCGGCAGCAACGAACCCUCUACCACAGGAUAUGGACGACCAUACAGAACCGUCCGAAGAAUGCAGUCGCAGUCGCCGUCAUAGUCAUCAUGCUCGCCAUCUUCGCCACAUCAACGCGCUGGCGUACCAUAAAUCCGAACCGCGCAGAGGCUGGAAUGCUGACCUUGACAGUCUCUGCCCACACUACGACGGCAGCUCUGGACACAAGUGGUGUUGUUGUGACGACGUGGGAGAGCACCACGGUCGUGCCGAGAUACGAUCUGUAACGGAAAGGCCAGAGGCAUUCAUGCAGCGGGAGGUGGUGCAUGCGAAGGUCGCUAAAUAGGCGUUUGGGCUGAGGGAGCAUUCGUGGCGACUUGAGCAUCAAGAAGCGCUGCGCACUUUAUACCUAGUUCAAAUGAUCGUCUACAUCUUUCC